AUGGGAGGCACUUGUGCAGACUGGCAAACGUGGAUGGACGUUUUGAAGCACAAGUAUCCGGACUGGACUUUGUGGCCUUUACAGACGAUUACCCGAGGCUGUAGAUUUCUAGGGAAUGACUUGCGGGAACUCUCGUCGAUAGCAGCGGAUGAAAUAAUUGGAAUUAUCCGGUCCAACGAGAAGAUGAAUGCGCGGACAACCUUGCACUGCCUCGGACACUCGAUGGGUGGACUAAUCAUUCGAGGGGCUCUUCCCAAAGUGCUCGAGGAGUGCAGUGGGGUAGAGCUCGGUCACUAUGUCUCCUUGUCGUCUCCGCAUUUGGGCAUCCAGUCGAGCUGGCUACACCCCCUGCACUCGUGGAGAAAUUUUUGCUGGCUGUCGAGGCCAAUUACGAACCAGCUUGCAAACCUCGCCAUCCAGGACACCGCAGGACCCGCGGGACGACUGCACACACCAUUCCUACUGGAAUUGAGUCAGCCCGAGAGCGACCACAUGACGGCACUUGGCAAAUUCAAGCACCGAACCUGUGUGAGCCUGGCCUUCGGUGACCCUCUUAUCCCAGCUGCAUCGGGAUUGAUCGAUCCGGACCUGCUCAUGGAAAGCCAUAGCUCCUUCCACGAGUCCUUCUGGCAUCUUAUUUUUGAUGAGUCCUGGCCGCGGGCCAAAGCUGUCGGGCAAACCGGCAAGGCUGCUGCUGGCUUCUGGAAGUUUCCGGCCCUGCUGCUCUCGCUCGUACACCUUUUCAUGCGUGGCUUCUGUCGCCUCACUCUGGCCUUUCUGGGCCUUUGCGGGAUCGCGGCAAUGCCCUCAUCCAGGAGACCGAAAAGCCAAGCGCAUUUGUCUCCGGUGUCUCCGGACUCUUCGCCCAACGAGAGUCCUAAAGGUGAUCGGAGCAUUCGCUCCAAGAUGUCCUGGGAGCUGUCGCAGGACCUGAAAUGCAAGUAUCCGGCAGAGGUCUACGAAGGACUUCUUUCCGUGCCAUGGCGCCGUGUAGUGGCCAAUGCGCAUCAUCGCCCGAUGCCGCGCAACAUGCAUGUCUUCCUCAUCGGCAAGAGGUCUGAGCAGUUUGACCGAGAGCACCAGAUGUCCAGAACGUGCAUUGAGCACUUGGUGGACUUAUUGGACUGA